AAGUCAUUAAACAUUCUACACCAACAAACAAAGAAAACACACAUACAAAGUCUCAACCAAAAGCUCUAUGGCAACUAUUUCCACACAAUUCAUUCAAGAAUACAUGGAGAACUUCCACUACUCAAGAAGACUACUCCCAGAGGCCGCCAUGGAGCCGCCACCGGCUGCUGGAAUCAGCCACGACACAAUUGAACACAACAACACAAUUGAUGCAAAUGUUAUCAUGGUGUUGGCAGUACUUGUAUCGGCCUUGAUUUGUUCACUUGUAUUGAACUCCAUCAUAAAAUGUGCAUUUAAGUGCUCUACCCUAAUAUUGGAAGACUCAUCCUCAAACCACACAAAUAACCCUUCUUCAGCAAAAUUAGCGAAUGGAGGGAUCAAGAAGAAAGCCCUUAAGACAUUUCCAGUUAUAACAUACACUACUGAAUCGAAACAUCCGGGGCUCGACUCUGAGUGUGUCAUUUGCUUAUCAGAAUUUGGAAUCGGAGAGAAAGUUAAGGUUCUGCCUAAGUGCAACCACGGAUUCCAUGUCAAGUGCAUCGAUAAAUGGCUCAAUUCUCACUCCUCUUGUCCUACUUGUAGGCACUGCCUCAUUGAAACUUGCCAAAAAAUUGUCAACGGUGGAAAUUCUGUUCCUACUACUGCAAUUUCAAGCACUCAGCUGGUAGUUAGCAACACUUCAUCAUUAAUUGCAGUUCAAGAAAUUGUAAUAAGGAUUGAACCUCUCGAACAUGAAGGUGUUAUGUCUAGCAAUCAAAAUUAGAUAGAAAAAUAGGAUUAGUUAUUGAUGGUAUCACACAAUUCUUUCUUUUUCUAGCUGGAAAAGUUUUAGCUAGUUAGCAUGAGGCCAACGAAAGUGUAGCUUUCCAAUGAUUCAUUGUCUUGCAAGUGUAUAUACAAGUUAAAUUUUAUUUCAAUUUCUCUCAUUAAUGACU